AUGAAUGAAUUAACCAAGGCUCAAAUUGAUAAUCUUAAGGCGGCAACAGGUGGCAGUGAAGAAGAUGUUCUUCGAUCUUACGCUGCAACAAAAAAUAAAUAUCCAAGUGGUGGUAUGACAGAGCAACAAUUUCUUGAAAUGAUCAGAGAUCCAUCAUCAGGUGUCAAAUCUGCAGAAGCUGAUAUGGCUAAACUCAUGUUUACUGUUGCUGAUCGUGAUAAAUCAGGCAAAGUUGACUUAUAUGAAUAUCUGUUAACGGUUGCAUUGCUGUGUACGGAUGAUCCGAAACCAGUCCUUCAGACACUUUUCAUCGCAUGUGAUGCAAAUAGCAAUGAUAUUCUUACUCAAGAUGAAGCUCGAGACGUUUUCUCGACAUUUUUUCGACUUAUGGCUGGUUCUGAUAAUGGUGUUGAUCAAAAAGAUCCAGAAUAUAGCAAAGAAAAACUUGAUAAUAUUAUACAACUAAUUUUUGGUGAUAAAACACAAAUAUCUGAAGCGGAAUUUCGACGAGCCUGUCUCGAAAACGAAGAUGUCAAGUCUAUAACUGGCGAACUUCACUUUUUCUUACUUGUGUCACUGACAAGCAACGCUAAAAAAUUCGAAGAACGACGCAAUUCAAUUAUUCCUCGCUCCUAA